AUGGCUUCAGCUUCAGCAACUGGAAAGCUCUCUCGCGAAGAGUUUCGCCGCCAGAAGGACCUUGAUGCUGCCCGCAAAGCCGGUACAGCGCCAGCUGCUCUAGACGAGGAGGGCAAGCCCAUCAACCCUCACAUUCCUCAAUACAUCGCGCAGGCUCCAUGGUACCUCGACACCGGUGCCCCGACCCUCAGCCAUCAACGUAUCCCUGAUUAUGACCGCGGCGCCGACAAGCUCGACAACUGGUACGACCGCGGCGCCAAGGCAGGUCCCGCCGCGAAAAAGUACCGCAAAGGCGCAUGCGAGAACUGCGGCGCGAUUACGCACAAGAAGCGGGACUGCCUCGAGCGGCCGCGCCGGCGCGGGGCCAAGUUCACGAACAAGGAUAUCGUGCCGGAUGAGGUCAUUCACGAGGUCGCGGCUGGGUACGACGCGAAGCGCGACCGGUGGAACGGCUACGACCCUGCGGAGCAUAAGAGGGUGUACGAGGAGUAUGCGGCGGUGGAGGCCGCGCGGCAGAAGCUGCGCGAGGACGAGAUUGACAAGCAGACGACGACGGACCUCGCGGCCGUGCGCAAGGUCGCGAAGGCGGGAAAGGAGAAGGCAGAGAGGCGUGACGAUGAUUUCGGGAGCAGCGACGAGGAGGACGAGGACACGGACAAGUACGCGGAGGCGGCGGAUGCGGUGGGGCAGAAGCUCGACACCAAGACCCGUAUCACCGUGCGGAAUCUGCGCAUUCGAGAGGACACGGCGAAGUACCUCAUCAACCUGGACCCGUCAAGUGCCUACUACGACCCUAAGACCCGUUCGAUGCGAGACAACCCGUUGAAGGGGAUUGCCCCAGAGGAGGCGCUCUUUGCAGGCGACAACUUCCUCCGCCACUCGGGCGAGGCCCCAGAGGUGCAGAAGCUGCAGCUCUUCGCCUGGAAUGCCGCCGCGCGGGGGAACGACGUGCACAUGAACGCCAACCCCACACAAGGCCAGCUUCUCCACUCGGAGUUCCAGAACAAGACGGAGACGCUGAAGGACAUGACGAAGGUCAGCAUCCUCGCGAAGUACGGCGGCGAGGAGUACCUGCAGAAGGCGCCGAAAGAGCUCCUGCAGGGCCAGACGGAGGAGUACGUCGAGUUCUCGCGGACGGGGCAGGUCAUCAAGGGCAAAGAGCGCGCGGUGGCCCGCUCGAAGUACCCCGAGGACGUGUACGUCAACAACCACACCGGGGUGUGGGGCUCGUGGUACGACCCCGCGUCCGGCGAGUGGGGCUACGCCUGCUGCCACUCGAUAGUCCACCUCUCCUACUGCACGGGCGAGGCGGGCAAGGAGGCGGCGCAGGCGUCCAGCGCCCGCGCGCUGCUGGCGUCCUCAGCAUCUGCGCCCGCGCCCGAGCGCCCUGCCGCGCCGGCAGAGGCCACGGACGACCGCAAGAAGAAGGCGGAGGAGCUCUUCUCGAAAAAGCGCCUCGGCGAGGGCGAGCUCUCGCUCGACAGGGAGCGGCUCGCCGACGCGAUCGCGGAAGAGCGCAAGCGGAAGGCGCGGGGCGAGGACGGGGACGACCGGCUGGGCAAGCGGCAGAAGGGCGUGUCGGGGGCGAGCGCGGAGGUCACACAGGAGGAGCUAGAGGCGUACCGAAUGAACCGCCGGAUGACCGAGGACCCGAUGGCCAACUACGUCGACACGGAGCUGUAA